AUGGAGCAUGUGAUUGCUGGGAAGUUUAAGUUGGGGAGGAAGAUUGGGAGUGGCUCUUUUGGAGAACUCUAUUUAGGUGUAAAUGUGCAAACUGGAGAGGAGGUGGCUGUUAAGCUGGAACCUGGGAAGACCAAGCAUCCCCAGCUUCACUAUGAGUCAAAAUUGUAUAUGCUUCUUCAAGGAGGAACGGGCAUACCCCACCUCAAGUGGUUUGGAGUUGAGGGUGACUACAACAUCAUGGUUAUUGAUCUUCUUGGACCAAGUUUGGAAGAUUUGUUCAACUACUGUAAUAGGAAGUUCACAUUGAAAACAGUGUUGAUGCUUGCAGAUCAAUUAAUUAACAGAGUUGAAUACAUGCACUCAAGAGGUUUUCUUCACCGUGAUAUAAAGCCUGACAACUUUUUAAUGGGCCUAGGGCGUAAAGCCAAUCAGGUGUAUGCUAUUGAUUUUGGUCUAGCAAAGAAGUAUAGGGAUCUUCAGACUCAUAGGCACAUACCAUACAGGGAGAACAAGAACCUCACAGGCACUGCUCGCUAUGCAAGUGUUAACACUCACCUUGGAAUUGAGCAAAGCAGAAGAGAUGAUCUGGAAUCUCUUGGUUAUGUUCUAAUGUAUUUCCUAAGAGGAAGCCUUCCCUGGCAAGGUUUAAAAGCUGGCACAAAAAAGCAAAAGUACGAUAAAAUCAGUGAAAAAAAAAUGUCAACUCCUAUAGAGGUGCUGUGCAGAUCACAUCCAUCUGAGUUUGUAUCCUACUUUCAUUAUUGCCGAUCAUUGCGGUUUGAAGACAAGCCAGAUUAUUCUUAUUUGAAGAGGCUUUUCCGAGACUUAUUUAUUCGAGAAGGUUAUCAAUUUGACUAUGUAUUUGACUGGACUGUAUUGAAGUACCCUCAGAUUGGUGGCAGCUCUAGAGGAUGGCAUGCCAAUGGAAAAGCAGGUUUAAGCGCCGGGCCAUCUAUGGAAAGAACAGAAAGAGUCUCAGUAGGGAAAGAGAUUCGAGAACGAUUCUCAGGUGCAGUUGAAGCAUUUUCGAGGAGAAAUACUUCAGGUUCUAGUCCACGUCAGGAUCAUUUGAAACACAGGUCUUUUGAGGAUGCACCUUCAUCCAAAGAUGUGCACCAUGAUUCUGAAAGGGGACGCAGUUCCUCUCGAUAUGGCAGCACUUCAAGAAAAGCUAUUAUAAACAGUAAGCCAAGUUCCUCAGCUGGUGAUCAAAGUCACAGUGAUGGCCGCACAAGCCGAUUAGUCUCAAGCAGCAGCCGCCCUUCUACCACACAGAGAGGUCAUUCGGGGUAUGAACCCAAGCGCUCUGCAGCUGCAAGAGGCACACGUGAUGAUCCUCUCCGGAGCUUUGAGCUCCUUUCAAUCAGGAAGUAA